GCUCAAAAGUCAAAACAUCGCGCCAGCAGACGGGGUGGUUCGAUUUAUGUCGCACGCGUGGAAGACGUGGACUUAUUUUGAUGGGCUUCAUCCAAAAUGGUUCAUAUACGUUAACAUUUUUAUUAAGCUAUAAAUAUGAUAUUAUAAAAAGUUAUACGCUCAUAUAAGUAUCAUACAAGGCUUUAAAUCCGAUAUGCAACUACUUUUGCUCAGUAUUGGCCGCUCAUCCGUGUAUCCGGGGCAGCACAUAACGCAAAUGAAGUAUCACUUUGAUGAUCUAGCCAAGAGCUAAAAUGGCAAUACAAGGGCAACAGUUUCAUACGCUAGAACAGAUUUAUUCAUCAACUUCAAUGUACCCACACUAGCCAGAACAGCAGAGUCACUUGAACAUGGCGGAAGUUGGGAAGUUCGAACCAGAGCAGGACAUUGAGAAGAAGAUUGAGGAGACGAGACAGAAGUUCAAUAAUGAGUACGUCCAAGGACAAGAAUCUGACAAAUAUGACUCCAGAGAUGUGGACAGGCUACAAAAGGAUGAUGCUCUGGUGGAGGCAUACCUGACAUGGCGACUAUACUCUGUGGACGAUGCCCUGAAGAUGAUUGACGACAGUUUCCUGUGGAGGAAAGAAUUUGGUUUGAAUGACCUCACUGAGAGCAGCAUACCAAAGUGGAUGUUUGAGACGGGGGCUGUCUUCCUCCACGGCUACGACAAGGAAGGCAACAAGCUCUUCUGGUUCAAAGUCAAGCUCCAUACCAAGGAUGCAAAGACCAGCAUGGACAAGAAGAAGUAUAUUGCCUUCUGGCUGGAGCGCUAUGCUAAGAGAGAGCCAGGGAUGCCACUCACUGUUGUGUUCGACAUGGCCGAUUCAGGGAUUAGCAAUAUCGACAUGGAUUUUGUGAAGUAUGUAAUUAAUUGCUUCAAAGUGUAUUAUCCAAAGUUUCUAUCCAAAAUGAUCAUUGUCGACAUGCCAUGGAUCUUGAAUGCUGCAUGGAAGAUUGUGAGGACAUGGUUGGGUCCAGAAGCCAUCAGCAAGCUGAAGUUUGCAUCUAAAAAUGAGAUCCAAACAUUUAUUGGCCCUGAAUACCUGCCUCCUCACAUGGGUGGAACGGAUCACUUCAAAUACAGCUAUCCUCCCCUUCCUGACGAUGACUUCCAAACGCCGAUAUGUGAGAACGGACCAAUCGUCAGCGAGGACGACAACGAGAGCAAGGACUUCGAAUCAGACAGCAAGGAGUUAGAGUCGAGCUUCAGCUCCGAGGUCGCCAUCGAGCCCAAAAAGGUGUAUUUCUCAGAGAGCCUGAGCAGUCUGAAGCUGGACGACAAUGACAAAGGAGACAGCCGGCCGAAGGGAGCCAGGAAGCCACUGACCACAUUCAAGGCCCCUCUGCUACACGUCAGUCCAGCAGAGGAGCUGAGCUUUGGAUCCAAAGAGUCAGACAGGAAGUGUCUUAUCAUCCUCGAUAAUGUGUCCAAGAAUCAAGUGGCCUUCAAGGUACGCACCACAGCACCUGAGAAGUACAGAGUGAAGCCCAGCAACAGCUGCUGUGAACCGGGUGCUUCUGUGGAUAUAGUGGUGUCCUUACAUGGAGGCUACCAGGCAUCUCUGCAGGACCGCUUCCUGGUUAUGGCUGCAGAGAUGGAGCAGAACACUGAUGCUGGAUCACCAGAGCUCGCUCACUUCUGGAAGGACGUGCCCAAAACCAAGAUCAUGGAGCACAGAUUACGAUGUCACAUCCUGGAGAGCAGUAAGCCCAUCCUGACCUGUGGAAGUGACAGCCCAAUUGAAGGAGGAGCCAAUGGCCACCCAGACCUGCACACAACGCUGAUGCGUGUGAUGGUGUGUAACGCCCGGCUGGAGCAGAAGCUGGACCAGUAUCUGUGGGUCCAGCAGGUUCUGAUUGGUCUGGUGCUUGUUGUCAUGAUGUUCACCUUUCUGUGUCUCUACAACCUUCCUGGGACUUCCUGACCUGACAACAUGGUCUACCUCCUCCUCCCAUCUAACAUAGAGACUACAGCAGCUGAAAGCUUAACCAACAGGAAGAGGGCUGGUGUUGGACUCAGUGAUAAAACGAGAGUAGACUCUCUUCUCUACAAGGGCUGUCAUCAUGGAGAUGGAGGGCUGCUCUGUUCCGUAGCAGUGAGCUUGUGGAGUUGCCCAGAGAGAUUCCUCAUAGUUUCCUGGGUGUUGUGAAAGGUACCGUACCUAAAGAGUCUCGACACCGUGAAAUGAAAUCAAUAAUGUAUUUUUAUUGCUGAUCAUGGAAUUAUACUGUGCCUUCAGAAAGUAUUCAUACCCCUUGACUUAUUCCACCUUUUUUUGUGUUACAUCCUGAAUUCAAAAUGGAUUAAAACAUAUAUCAUUCUCACCCAUCUACACACAAUAGCCCAUAAUGACAAAGUGAAAACAUGUUUUUAGAAUUUUUUGCACAUUUAUUGUAAAUUAAAUACAGAAAUAUAUAAUUUACGUAAGUAUUCACACCCCUGAGUCAAUACUUUGUAGAUGCACCUUUCUGGGUAAGUCUCGAGCUUUCCAUACCUGGAUUUUGCAACGUUUGCCCAUUUAUUCUUUUAAAUAUCCUUUAAGCAAUGUCAACUUGGUUGUUGAUCAUUGCUAGACAACCAUUUUCAGUUCUUGACAUACAUUUUGAAGUAGAUUUAAGUCAAAACUGGAACAACUCAGGAACCUUCAAUGUCUUGGCCUUGUGUUUUAGGUUAUUGUCCUGCUGAAAGGUGAAUUCAUAUCCCAGUGUCUGGUGGAAACCAGACUGAACCAAGAUUUCCUCUAGGAUAUUACCUGUGGUUAGCUCUAUUGCAUUUCUUUUUUUAUCCUGAAACUCCCCGGCCCUAACGAUUACAAGCGUACCCGUAACAUGAAGCAGUCACCACUAUGCUUGAAAAUAUAGAGAGUGGUACUCAGUAAUGUGUUGUAUUGGAUUUGCCCCAAACCAAACACUUUGUAUUCAGGACAAAAAUUUCAUUGAUUUACCACAUUUUUUUCAGUAUUACUUUAGUGCCUUGUUGCAAACAGGAUGCAUGUUUUGGAAUAUUUUUAUUGUAUACAGGCUUCCUUCUUUUCACUCUGUCAAUUAGGUUAGUAUUGUGGAGUAACUACAAUGUUGUUGAUCCGUCCUCAGUUUUCUCCUAUCACAGCUAUUAAACUCUGUAACUGUUUUAAAGUCGCUGUUGGCGUCAUGGUGAAAUUCCUGAGCGGUUUCCUUCCUCUCUGGCAACUAAGUUAGGAAGGACGCCUGUAUCUAAGUGCAAUUAAUAACUUCACCAUGCUCAAAGGGAUAUUAAAAAUGUCUGCCUUUUAUGUUUUUGGUGCCUUUCUUUGCGAGGCAUUGGUAAACCUUCUUGGUCUUUGUGGUUGAAUCUGUGUUGGAAAUUCACUACUCGACUGAUGGACCUUACAAUUUUAUGUAUGUGUUGGGUGGGUACAGAGAAGAGGUCGUCAUACAAACAUAAUGUUAAACACUAUUAUUGCACACACAGUGAGUCCAUGCAACUUAUUAUGUGACUUUUUAAGCACGUGUACUCCUGAACAUAUUUAGGUUUGCCAUAACAAAGUGGUUGAAUACUUAUUGAUUCAAGACAUUUCAUCUUUACAUUUAUUAUUAAUUUGUAAAAACAUAAUUCCACUUUGUCAUAAUGGGGUAUUGUGUGUAGGCCAGUGAUAAAAUUAAUUAAAUGUAUUUAUAAAAAAUAAAAAAAUGUACUUCAUGUUGUAAUACAUCAAAAUUUGGAAAAAGUCAAGGGGUGUGAAUACUUUCUGAAGGUAUUGUAUAUGAGGUCUAUUUAUUUCAAUAUGUAACAUGACGUAGAAGAUUUAGUUGUUAAUUUUUCUGAUCCUAAUGUACAUUUCAUUUGAAAUAUAUGAACAUAUCGUGUUUAAGAAUAAACUUUAACAAAUUC